AACUUCCCUCCACAUAUCAAUCAGAUUGAGGAGCUGGGCCUUCCAGCAGAAGAAUACGCCAUCGCAAUGGCAGACGCGCUCGCCUUUCUCCACUGGGCUCCAAAAGUCGAUGCCAACGACGUGGAAUUCGUCAUCACACGCCCUCACCCCCCCAAUCAAUCUAGAUCAGCCCUGGACUCACGGCCUGGCAUCGGAUCUCGGGAGUUUACCUCUGCUUUCGGUCUACAUGCUAUGUGGAUUCUCGAUUUCGAUUGCUGCAGGGAGCUCUCCAUGGAUGAGAGCGGUAUCGAACAAGCUGCCAAGUCUUUCUGGCGCAACGACCCGUACUAUCCUCGGCCAGGUAGCAGUAGUGCGCAGGAUCAAGAACUGUGGCACGUUUUCAAGACUCGGUUUCUCCACGCAAGCGGAUUGAUCUUAAAGGAGGAGGACGAAGCUGUUCGACAACUGCCGGGGAGGUUAGUGGCCAGAAUUAUCGAGACGCGUGGCACUUGGACGAACGGCUUGGGUCCAUGA